AUGCUCACCAAGUCAACCACCUUCCUCCACCUCACCACUCUCCUCUACCUCCUCCUCCAAUCCCUCCCCCUCCUCCUCUGGCCCUCUCUAACAACAACCCUUCUCACGCCCCCAAACUACUACCCCCCCUCCUCUUCCGAUCUCGUCUCAACCUACCUCGCCCGCACCCUCGCCCUAACAAACCUAACCCUCGCCGCCCUCCUCCUCGCCCUCUCCGGCCUCCUCCCCUUGAGCCCUUCCCCAUCCCCUUACUCCUCCGCCGCAGUCCUCAUCACAACACUAUACCACUCCGCCACGGGGGUAUACUCCUACACCCGGUACACCACCCCCCGCACCUCCCAACCGAUCCACCUCUUGGGCUGUCUAGCAAGCAGUUUCCUCGCUUGCGUAGGGCUCUACGUCCUCCUAUUCGGAGAUGGGAAAAGACUGAGCAGGCGGACCGGGGCGGAUAAGGCUACUAGCGGGUGGCCUUUCAGGAAUAAAGAGGCGGAUAGGAAGAAGAAGAAGAAGUCGGGUUGA